GCCUGGGCCCGGGGCGCCCCGCCCCCAUCGGGGCCCUCGCGGCGCGGCGUCCGGGAGCCAGCCAUGACUGCCAAAGAUUAUCCGUCAUUUUGGGGCUUUGGAACAACAAAAAUGUUUAAAAUUCCUGUUGAACAUUUGGAUUUCAAGUAUAUUGAAAAAUGUUCAGAUGUUAAACACUUGGAAAAAAUUUUUUGUGUGCUCAGGUCUGGUGAGGAAGGAUAUUAUCCGGAACUUACGGAAUUUUGUGAAAAGCGCCUUAAAGGCUUGGCUCCUGAAAGUAGAGCUUUGAGGAAAGAUAAACCUCCAGCAACAGCAUCCAGUUUUACAGCAGAAGAAUGGAGACAUAUUGACAGUGAUAUAAAGAGUUGGGUAUCAGAAAUUAAAAAAGAAGAUGAAGUAUACUUCCAUGAGACUGAAACAUUUCCAGCAAUGGAAGAUAAUUUGCCUCCAGUUCGUGGUUCAAACAGCCGUCUUCAUGUUAGUAAGGAAAAAUAUUCUAAUAGUAGACCAACUAAAAAGAAAAUUCCGAGGGAUUAUGCAGAAUGGGAUAAAUUUGACGUGGAAAAGGAAUGUUCAAAAAUUGAUGAAGAUUACAAAGAAAAAACUGUAGUAAACAACAAGUCAUAUUUGUCUAAAAUUGAGACAAGAAUAGGCACAGCAGGUCUAACUGAGAAGGAAAAGACUUGCCUUGCUACUCGUGAAAAGGAAAAAGGAAAUGAAGCUUUCAACUCAGGAGACUAUGAAGAGGCUGUGAUGUAUUAUACUAGGAGUAUAUCAGUGCUUCCCACCGUGGUGGCCUACAACAAUCGGGCUCAAGCAGAACUCAAACUACAGAACUGGAACAGUGCUUUUUGGGAUUGUGAAAAGGUCUUGGAAUUAGAACCUGGAAACAUAAAAGCUCUUCUUCGCCGUGCCACUACCUAUAAACAUCAAAACAAGCUUCAGGAGGCUCUCGAAGAUUUGAAUAAAGUACUGAAUGUUGAACCUGAUAAUGAAUUGGCCAAAAAGACCUUGUUGGAGGUUGAGAGAGAUAUGAAAAAUUCUGAACCUGCAUCUAAGACUCAAACCAAAGGGACGAGGAUGGUUAUCCAGGAAGUAGAAAAUUCAGAGGAUGAAGGUGGAAAGGACAGUGGAAGAACACACAAAGACGGCAGUGGAGUUAAGAAGGCCGCCGAGCCGGCUGCAGCCGGGAGCCCCGCCGCGCCAAGCGCCAUGGGCAACAUCCAGAAGAAGCUGACGGGCGAGGGCGAGGGCGGCGGCAAGCGGCCGGAGAGGGGCGCGCCGCGGCGGGGCCGGGGGCCGGGGGCCGGCGCGGACAAGCGGGGCCGAGCGCGGGCGGCGGAGGCCGAGGCGGCGGGCAGUGCCUACCGGCACCCGGGCGGCGGGCGGGGCGCCGGGGACCCCGCGGCCUUGAAGAGCCAGGGCAACGAGCUGUUCAAAAGCGGCCAGUUCGCCGAGGCGGCCCUCAAGUACUCGGCGGCGAUCGCGCGGCUGGAGCCUGCAGGGAGUGGAAGUGCAGACGAUCUAAGUGUCUUAUAUGCAAAUAGAGCGGCGUGUUACCUGAAGGAAGGAAACUGCGGCGGCUGCAUUCAAGAUUGUAACAGGGCUCUGGAACUUCACCCAUUCUCAGUCAAACCUCUUCUUCGUCGAGCGAUGGCCUAUGAAACUCUAGAGCAAUAUCAGAAGGCCUAUGUGGAUUACAAAACAGUGUUGCAGAUAGACUGCAAAAUCCAGCUGGCAAAUGACAGUAUUAACAGAAUAACAAGGAUUUUGAUGAAUCUCGAUGGGCCAAGCUGGCGGGAGAAGCUAUCACCCAUUCCUGCCGUGCCCACCUCUGCGCAUUUGCGAGCUUGGCAGCUGGCAGUAGAGCCGCCACCCAACCAAGUGGGAGAUUCCUGCAGCCGUCCACAGCCUGGCAUCACAGAUGAAAAAAUGUUUAAAAACCUUAAAGAAGAAGGAAAUCAAUGUGUAAAGGACAAAAACUAUAAAGAUGCCCUUAGUAAAUACAGUGAAUGCUUAACGAUUAACAACAAGGAAUGUGCCAUUUAUACAAACAGAGCUCUCUGUUACUUGAAGCUGUGCCAGUUUGAAGAGGCAAAGCAGGACUGCGAUCGGGCCCUUCAGAUAGACAACGGGAAUGUGAAAGCAUGCUAUCGACGAGCCCUUGCUCACAAAGGACUUAAGGAUUAUCAGAAAAGUUUAAACGAUCUCAAUAAAGUUCUCCUACUAGAUUCAAGUAUUGUUGAGGCAAAGGUGGAACUGGAAGAGGUAACCAGAUUCCUUAACAUGAAGGAUAAUAUAGCAUCAUUCAACAAAGAAAAAGAGAGAAGGAAAAUUGAGAUUCAAGAGGUGAGUGAAGGCCAGGAAGAAGAACCUGAAAGGACCUCGGAGGAGCUCUUCACUCACUGCAUGGCCUCUGAGAAUGGGGACACAACUAAUGGGCCACCAGAAUGCGAUGAAGAACUACCGAUUACCAAGCCUAACAAUGCCUAUGAAUUUGGUCAGAUUAUAAAUGCUAUUAGUAUGAGGAAUGAUAAAGAAGCCUGUGCACACCUUUUAGCCAUCACUGAACCAAAAGAUUUGCCAGUGUUGUUGAGUAACAAACUUGAAGGGGAUACGUUCUUCCUCCUCAUUCAGUCUCUGAAAAAUAAUCUUAUUGGAAAAGAUCCCUCACUGGUGUAUCAGCAUCUUUUAUAUCUGAGUAAAGCAGAAAGGUUCAUGAUGAUGUUGACCCUAAUUAGCAAGAGCCAAAAGGAACAAAUUGAACAGCUCUUUGAUGAUCUCUCAGACACACCAAAUAAACAUUUUACUUUGGAAGAUGUACAUGCCCUAAAAAGGAAGUAUGAGCUUUAAGUCAAGACUUGUUAGAUUUCUUCCGUGCAUGCACAUGUUCCAGUAAUGCUAAUGGGAUGGUAUUGUAAUAGAGUUGCAUGGAUAAAACCUGGUUUAGAAAAGAUCCUGUGGUCUGGGCUAUAAAAUAUUUUACUUAUUUUUAUACAUAGAACAUUAUAUUCUACAAUAUACUUUUUAUUAGUUGUAAAUAUUUUCUUACAUACCAAGAGCUAACAUCUUUAUAUUUAAUAUUUGGAACUUGUUUAAAGUACAUUUUAAUUUAUGUUUUAAUAACUUGUUAAAAAUUUGAGUUAAAUUACAUUUUUUGGGCUAUGAAAGAUUCCUCUAAAGUUUGAUAGAAAUGUAGUUCUUUAAAAGUGAAAAAUCAUUAACUGAUUAUUAUAUCACCUUUAUUUCCUGCUAUAAAUCCCAUUUUAUACUUGUAGAUUACGGUCUGCUAGGGUGAAAUGCAACACUUAAGUCUUAGAACAUGAAGUGAUUAUUAAAUAAAUUGUGAUUAAUUUAAGAGCCAUAAGAGGAACUUACUUUUUCUUACAUGGAAACGUUGCUUAACAAUUAAGAACAAAAAUUGGCAAAAAUUUCUAUUACUUAAAGUUCCCAUCCUUGGGACGCCUGGGUGGCUCAGCAGUUGAGCAUCUGCCUUUGGCCUGGAGUCCCGUAUCGGGCUCCCUGCAUGGAACCUACUUCUCCCUCUGCCUCUCUCUGCGUGUGUCUCUCAUGAAUAAAUAAAUAAAAUCUUAAAGUUCCCAUCCCAUAUAUAUUGCUUAUGUAAAUGAUAAAACUACCACCAUAUAAAAAACUAAGCCUACUUUUUUUCACCUCCACAUUGUCCCCAAUGUUUAAAUGUCCCUUUCCCCCCUCCUUUAACCGUGACUAUAUUUAUUUCCUUAAUGGAAAUGAGAAAGUGAAGAAAUCUUAUAAUGAAGGCUCCUAUGUUAACUGUGUCAGAGUCAAGGUAUUUCUUAAAAUAAAACAUUCAGGUCUGUA